AUGGUAUCAGAAACGGCAGGAGCAGCUGCUGCACGUGUCACAAUACCCGACACCCCAUACACAAUCCUCGAGCAACCACUUGGGACUGAAUCCCAUGUACGAAUCGUCACAAUCGGAGCUGGAGCAAGUGGAAUCAACAUGAUCCGCACCCUACGAACAUCCCUCACAAACUACACCCACAUCGUCUACGAAAAGAACCCCAAAGUCGGCGGCACGUGGUACGAAAACCGAUACCCUGGUUGCAAAUGCGAUAUCCCCGCUCACAACUACCAAUACUCCUGGAAACCGAAUCCGGAAUGGAACUCCUUCUUUGGUUCUGCGGAAGAGAUCGAAGCUUAUUUCUGUGGGGUAGUUGAGGAGGAAGAUUUUGGUAGGGAGAUUAAGACUGAGCAUCGGGUUGUGCAGGCGAGGUGGAAUGAGAAGGGGGUUUGGGAGUUGAGGAUUGAGGAUUUGAGGUCUGGGAUAGUGUUUGAUGACUAUUGUCACUUUUUGCUGAAUGCUUCGGGGAUUUUGAAUAACUGGAAAUGGCCUCAAAUACCCGGUCUCCAUGAUUUCAAAGGCGACCUCGUUCACAGUGCAAAUUGGCCGGAAAACUUCGAAUAUCCCGGAAGGAAAGUGGCGGUCAUUGGCAAUGGCUCCUCUGGUGUUCAGAUUGUCCCAGCUUUACAACCCGGUAAUUGGAUUGCUCCACCAUCGUAUAAAACAUGGAAAUCCGGCAAGGUCGCCGAAAUUCUUGGAAGUUUGGACAUGGACGGAGAAAACUUCACCCCUAAACAAAUCGAGAAGUUCAAGACUUCACCGGAAUACUAUCUUGAAUUCGUUAAAGCUGUCGAAGAGCAGAUCAACGGAAGAUUCCCUAUGAUGCUGAAAGACAGCGAACGUCAAGCUCAAGCAUUCAAACUGUUAUCUAUUUACAUGACCACUCUUCUUGGAAAUGACAAGCUCCUCUGCAAAGCCCUCAUUCCCUCCUUUGCCGUCGGUUGUCGAAGACUCACUCCAGGACCUGGAUACCUCGAAUCUCUAACAAAAGAAAAUGUCCGCGUUGUAACAGAAAACAUUGCCAGAGUUGUCCCAACAGGCAUUGAGAUCGCUACCGGAGAAGUAGUAGAAGUCGAUUCCUUGAUCUGUGCCACUGGCUUUGAUUUAUCUUUCCGACCACGCUUUCCUGUAAUAGGAAGGAAAGGCAACCUCCAAGAUCUCUGGACGGAGAAUUUACCUCGAGCAUACAUGUCCUGCGCUGUUCCUGAUUUCCCCAAUUAUUUUAUGUUCCUCGGCCCCAAUUCUGCCAUCGGUCACGGCAGCGUCAUCACAAUCACAGAGCACAUAUCCCGCUACAUCUGCUCCAUCAUCCAAAAAUGCCAAACCGAAGGCAUUUUAUCUCUUUCACCCAGCCAUGCCGCGCUCUCGGCCUAUAGUGAACACAUUGACGCCUUCAUGCCGCGCACAGUGUGGUCUGAGACUUGUAGAUCAUGGUUUAAGAAUGGGAAAGAGACCGGACCGGUUACGGCACUUCACCCAGGAAGCAGGAUCCAUUGGUUCCAUAUGCUGGAGAUGUUUAGAGGGGAGGAUUUUGAGUACGUCUAUGAGAGGGGGAGGUUUGGGUAUUUGGGGAAUGGGUUCUCGACGAAGGAGCUGGAGGGCGGUGAGGAUAAGACUUGGUAUUUAGGGACGCUGGGGGCGAAUAAUUGA